AUGUCUGCGUCGGAGCCCCCGAAGAUGUUCCAUGUGCGGCAGCCUGUCAAUGAAACUUUCAACGCCGGUCUAGCUGGUGCUGGUGUCGGCCUCCUGGCGAGUGCGGUGCAGAAUAGUCUGCAGAAGCACAAGGCUGGUGCUAUGGGUAUCUUUACCCGCACGGGCGGCACCAUUGCUCUGUGCACUUUCGUUGGUGGUCUUUUCGCGUAUGCCAGUGCGUCGCUGGCCAACUACCGCCAAAAGGAGGACGGCUACAAUGGCGCGGCCGGCGGCUGCGCGGCGGGUCUCGUUCUAGGCGCUGCGGCUCGCUCCGUGCCUGUGAUGGCUGGGUCUUGUGCGGGUCUUGGUGCGCUGGUUGGCUCGUUCCAGGCGGCCGGCUCCUCGCUAGUGAAUGGCUUGCCUCUGCUGCCCAACGGCGCUGAAAAGGCAGAUCCCGAGAGCCCCCUGCUGGCGUCGACGCAGGAGAGGCGGGCUCGCUUCUUCAAGAAGCUACCCGAGACCGAGUAG